UUCCGGUUUGACACGACGACAGGUGACAGGUGUUAAACUGUACGAAGGUGUGAUUGUCCGGGAUUAUCAGCUUAGCAGAUUCAUUCUGAUAUAUUGACCAAUGAACGUUAAUUCAACACAGCUGUGACACGCGAAUAUAAGUUUGUGCCAUGUAAAUGACGCAUUCGCCACACCUCCAAACUGCAAUGUCUCAAGGCCAAGAGGAAACGGAAGUAAUGAUCCAAUACGACACCGGAGAUUCAUCCCGUAACUCCGCUAAAGCAAUGGCGCCCUCCAACCCAUCGGAGUCCAACGCUCUCUUGAAAACUGUAAGCUUGGUGCUGUUAACUCUCCAGAAUGCAGCUCUUAUUUUGGUCAUGCGUUAUGUGCGGAUUCGACAGGGAGAUAUGUUCAUGGCCACUACAGCUGUCAUUGUCUCUGAAGCUCUGAAGUGCCUGACAGCUUUAGGGAUCGUAUUUUGGGAGGAAAAAUUCAGUGUAAAGAAUUGGAUGAAACAUUUGUAUAACAAUAUCUUCAGCCAACCAAUGGACUGCAUCAACGUAUCAGUACCCUCCCUCAUCUAUGUCUUACAGAAUAACCUCUUAUAUGUGGCUGUGUCGAACUUAGAUGCGGCAACAUUCCAGGUUACCUAUCAGCUGAAAAUUUUAACGACAGCCCUAUUCUCAGUCGUGAUGCUGAAGAAACAACUAAGCCGGUUACAGUGGGUGUCACUAGUGGUGCUGUUUAUUGGGGUAGCCAUAGUACAGAUGCAACCUGAUAACACCCCAGCCAAGGCAGCGUCUACAGCAACAACGGAAGUCGUACAGAACCCGACCCUCGGACUGGUCGCUGUCAUCAUUUCCUGCUUAAUGUCUGGCUUUGCUGGUGUUUACUUUGAGAAGAUCCUCAAGGGUACCAAGCAGUCAGUAUGGGUACGAAAUGUACAGCUUGGGUCACUUGGGGGGGUCAUUGGACUUAUAGCCAUGUACUUGAAAGAUGGAGAGAAAGUAGCAGAAAAGGGUUUCUUUUUUGGGUAUGAUUAUGUUGUUUUCAUUGUUAUCUUUAUCCAAGCCUUUGGUGGCCUCCUUGUGGCUGUAGUGGUGAAGUAUGCAGACAACAUUCUCAAAGGGUUUGCUACAUCAGCUGCCAUCAUCAUAUCCUGUAUUCUAUCCAUGUACUUUUUUGAUUUCCAUGUCUCUUUCCAGUUUACUUGUGGAGCAUCUUUAGUAAUGGCGUCUAUUUACAUGUACAGCAAAUUUGUACCAGUACUUUCAACUAAACCUACAAAUGCAUAGGUAACUAUACAGACGCCUUUCACUGAAGUUACACAUCAAAAGGCUAUUUUCUUGGCACGUUCCAAUAAAGUUACAAAUCCAUAAGUUAUCUGUUUUGAACCACUUGAUUUUUCGAGAGAGAUAAAUAUCCAUGUUAACUGUUAACCGUCACAUAGGCUCAUUCUGGAAUUUUGAUCUUAUGCAAAUAUCCUUCCAAUGUAUAAUUACUGUCAGUUUUGAAGUAUCAUCCUCUCAAUAGCGAAGUAAAGUACGUACCCCCGGUACAAUCACAAGGAAAACCUACUUGCAUAGUUCAUGAAAAUUACUCAUGAAAAGAAAGUGAUAUCCGAUUUUGUUAGCAUAUUCUUACCCUAUAUAUAGAUGACUUGUUUUUAUGUACAAUUUAUAUUUGUAUGCAUGAAUACAUAGUUUACAUUAAAAUGAUUACAAGACAUCCUCCAUCCUACUGUGAUGGAAGACAUAAUCCACUAAGAACCGUCAAAGUCAUCCUUAAUGAAUGAUAAUUUGUUCUCUCUUAAUUGUCUGGCGGAUUUUAUGGUCUCAUCACAAUGCUUGAUUCAUGAUGUAAUAAAAGACAAGGGAGAUAACUUCAACACAAAAUCUACACAGGUAUAAUGUGUAAGGUACACAAUGACUGGAUACUGUGGCAGAGUUGAUGCUAGUUAUUUUUUAAUGUACAUGUAUAUGUGUUGUUUUAUUAUAAUAAGGAUAAUCCUUUGCCUUCCCUUAUUAUUAUUUGUAGACAUAUAUAUAUAUAAAACACAAAAUUGAUAAAAAGAUAUCCUUUUCCCCCCUAAAUAUCGGAGAUGCAUUUAUUAAUUUCAUAUCAAUUUAAUCAUGAUAACGAUAACAUAUGUUCAGAAAUUAUUGUAUAUACAUGAAACUGGGUGGCCAUGGGGAUGGAUGGAGGUCAGCACAUUUAAUAUUUGAACACAUCUCUCUAUAAUAUUACAAAUGUUUGUUUUUUCGGUAGGAUCCACAUCUAUAUCUUUGUGGAUUAUCUCUGUCCGUCCAUCUUUUGACAUCUCUCUGCCUUUUUCCUUCUUCAACGUUCUUGAGUUCAAUUUACAGGAUGUAUCUUAAAUACAUUCCAUAAGUUAGUAUUUAACAGAUGUGUAUUUUGUGACAUAUCUCUCUCAUGUGUAGUCCCUUUAAACUCCGAAAUACUUGCGUUGUCUCUGUGAAAACAAAAAGUGGCCAAUAUAUAUAUUCUGAAAUUCAACAUAUAUUAUCCAUCUUCUGAUACCCAUGGGUACAUCGAUUCCUGUCACACUCCUGUCUCAUAACGUAGAGACCAUAAUGACAUAUCAAAAUAAGAAUAAAUGUUUUAGGGGCUGAGUGUGUGAUGUCUCAAUAAUUUAUAUCAUGCUCAAUUUGAUUGGCAGAACCAGUAUAUGUGUUUUCCUUUUUUGCAUUGCAAAUAAGUUCAUUAUAUUAGGUUGGUAGUGUUUUUUAUACAGUUGACGAGAGCAGAAAUGCAGAUCUAUAUCAGUCAUCAUUACACUGCCUUUUUUUUGCUUUUUUUUAAAGAUUACAAUAAAGUAUAGCAGGUACGGUCCCACUUGGAGACAAGAAACAUUUGUUGUGUGAUGACACCCCUUCCUUUCCAAACAAAGGGAUUUAAAAAGGACCCAAGAUUUUUUUAAGUGUCCUAUUCAAGCUAUGCAGAAAAAAACCUUAUUUGAAUGAAAAGGGCCAUAUUUUUGGAAACAUUGAGGAAAUAAAUUUUUUUUGACCUAAUUAAUAUUUGAUUUUCACAAAUCUUUAUGCAUAACUGUUAUUUUAGUGUUUGUCUUAGGAGAUAUCUAUGUGUGAUUUUGUGUCACAGAUAUAUAAUAUAUAUACACUAUCAUCAGAAUUGAUGCAAUGUUAUUAUGACUACCCCGCACUUAGGGAUGGACAUUAAAGGAAGGAAACAUUGACCCUCUAGAGAAUACACUUCAAGGUAUUUCUGAUGUCCUUUUAAGAUACGUAUUUAUUUUACAUAUAAAACCUAACUUUUUCCAAACAAAUAAUCAGAAGAAGAAAAUUUCUGUCUAGACACCAACUUUGAUAUGAAUGUGUCAAGUAAAAGUUGCACAUGAUCAUAUACCUUGAUAAUAUAUAAUGAUAUUAAAUAACAAUGCCAUACUCAAUGGUGUAUGAUAUACAAGUAACAUUAAGUAUAUUAGAGAGUAAUGUACAAGUUGUAAAAACCACAUCAGGUAAUUUGCUUUUUUUUUUAAUAUAAGUAAAAAAUAUAAAUCACAAUUUAAAAAAAUACAACAAAGCUGUAUCUGAGGAAAUCCAGUGUGCUAUUUGUCACUGUUUACAUGUAAGUGCUGUCAUCAUUUGUCAUAUUGUUUACAUGUGAGUACUGUCAUCAUUUGUCAUAUUGUUUACAUGUGAGUACAUGUACUGUCAUCAUUUGUCAUUAUUUACAUGUGAGUACUGUCAUAAUUCGACCAUAAUACAACAUGGUACUGUCACAGAGACAUAAAACCACUAACUAACAAUCUAUAAAACUUUGUGCUAUUCAAUUAUUAAUUUGUUGUGUGAUCAUCAGAAUAUGUUAUUAUUUUAUAUAAAAUCGUUUAUAUAUAAUUUAUAUAUAUAUAAGUUAUGUAUUGUCAUAUUAGAUUUGGUUUUUUUUACGUUUUCUAAUAGAAUGUUUCUAGUGCUAAUUCAGAUAAUUUGUGUUGAAUCUUUUUUUUCUUCAUUCUGCUUCAAACAUUGUUUCAAACAAAGGGUGUACAUGGAACAACAGUCAGUAUGGUUAAAUGAUAAUUUGUCUCACAAGAAAUGAGUGGGCUUAUUAACAAACACUGUCUAUUACUAUUGUAUAGUAAUACACAAUUUCUACCAUAGCAUGUUGAUGUUAUUGUAAGUGUCAGAGCAUAUGCACUUUUAACACAUAUGGAAAGCAUUUUCAUUAGUUGAAAAAUAACUUCAUAAUGCUUUGCAAUGCUUAUCUCAUAAGAAAUUUCACUGUGACAUCAUGAUUCAAAGAAAUUAAUUACGGUAUUGUAAAUGGCGCCUCAUUUUAAUGUAUUAUUUUUACCAUGACAGAAACAUGUUAUAGUGUGUUCACAGUGUUUAACUCAUUCACCCCUGAAGACACAUUUGAACUCCUCCAAUUCAAAGGUUGGAAUAGUCCAUUAUGGAAUUUCAGGGGUGAAUGAGUUAAAAGAGCGUAUAACAAUCUUUUCUUUUCACAAAUGUAUAAGUUUGUGUUUAUUGACCUUUGGAUUGUGUCUUCAUGUCUACAGUGCCACUGAUCCGAUUUUGAUCUGAUUUGUUAAUUUAAAAUAUUUAAACUUAGGAUUGUGUUGUGCAGGUUUUGAUGACUUUAAAUCAUAUGUAAAUAUCCUAACGUCUUUACUUCACAUUUGAUGUUUAUAUGGCUUAUUAUAUUGACAAUCAUAAAAUACGCAAGUGUCCAAUCUUUAUAAUCUAGCUAUAUAAUUAGUAUAGUCCCUCAUAAAAAAGUGGGUUUAUGAUAUUCAUUUCCUCUGUAAUUACAUCUGCUUGCAUGCCUGUUCAUUUGUCCAUCAUACUUGAUUCCUGGGAAUAGAUCUAUUGAAUUGUUUUCAUACAGGUUGACCAAACCUGUGCUGUUACAUCUUGGCAUGAAAGUGUGUCUUGCACUAAACACAUACUUUCUUCUCCACCAAGUAUCAUACAAAUAGGACAUGGUUUAAGUUAAGUUCUUCACAUUUUCAUGUGGCCUUGUGAAACUUCAUUUGCUGUAACAUCUAUAGCUUCACAGAUGUCCAACAUUUGAACUAGGUCACAGUGACCUAAUUUUCUGCUCCACUGAGCAUGGAGGUUCAUCAAACUUGAUGUAGUCUUAUACCUGAACUAUUGGGGAUUUUGUACUGUGCCUAUCUAUAUCAUGGUGUUCUGUAUUUUCCACUUUUUUUAAAAGGGAAAGAACUUUUCUAGGCUACUUGGCAUUCUCAGGGGUUACCAUACUCUUUAUGCUCUUACAUCAAUAGGUCACUACAUAUUUCAUAACACAGCUAGGUCAAAAGGACCUAUGCAAGACUGUUCUGUUCAUUUGUGUAAAAUAAGAACGGAGAAGUAGAAAGCAGGGGUGGGGUAUCUGUUGAGUUUUGCUUAGAAAUACAUUUUUUUUUAUACAUUUUCAUGUGUACUUUUGAUGGUCUGAUAUUUUUUCUCUUAACUAGGUUUUGUAUAGACUCCUUAUCAUUUCAGAUUACCCGGUAACUCAUGUGCACUAAUAUAACUUAUAGUUAUGCUCAUUGCCGUUGGUCUGCAGGUUUGUCAUUUCAUCCGCUCUUACUAUAUUUUACAUUUAUUUGUUGCGAUGCAUGCUAUUUAUUUCUCCAGACAGUUGAAUAUCAGUUCUUGUUCAUGCAAGGAUAAGUUUGUCAAAGUAAAAUAAUUGCUCGCCUAAAAAUCAUCAACAUGCAUGGCUUGUGGAAUCGAUAACCCAUUUUUUGAUAAGAUGUACAUGUGGUAUCUGCCACUAAUUACUUAUAUAAUACCUGUGUUUCAAUACUCUGUUAUAUCUUCGUACUUCGCAUUAGUCCCAGAAAGCAUUCGACCCAUAUCAAAAUGUGCCAGAUUUAGAAAAAAUAAAACUACAAUACAUAUACCGCUUGGUAUAUGAAAAGAUGCUAACAUUUUUUAUGGCAUCACCUAUCCUGACACAAAUCAUUAAUAGACAAUGCUACAAUCCACACUUAUAAAAUAUAUAUGUCCUAGCAAUUUUUAUAUUGUUUAAAUAUACUUGGUGAUUUCCCUUUUGUUUCUAUCAGUAUUAUAUGAAAUGUCUCUUUUUCUUUACGUCUAUUUCAUAUGGAUCACCAAAUAAUACAUGCCUAUUAUUUAAUAAGACACCAGGUGCAAGUUUGUGGAAGGUAUUUUAAAACAAUUUCUAAGAUUUUUGUUUUUGUUUUUGUAUAAACAAGUUCCUGUUUUCUUUCUUAAAAAGCAUGCAUGACUGAUAUAUUGAGUACACGAUGCUCAGGAAGUCCAUAUUCAAUAAUCAAGAAUAGGAUAUCAGUAUUUAAUAAAAUCAGAUUCAUCAUUAAAAUGGCGACCGAUUAUUUGAACCAGCUACUGCUUUACAGUACAUCUGCAGCCUGGAUGGAUUUAUCUUUGUAUUGAUAACCAAAUAUAAUUUUAAAAUGAAUAAUAACGCUGGUCAUUGUCCACCAUUUUUCAAUCUAUCGAAAUAGAUUGUAAUCGAACGUGUGAUUUGACAUUUCAUUAUCAAUUCAUUGUAACCAUUGAUUUUUUUUUUGUUAUGUGCAUAUGCCAAUCCUCAACAGAAAAAUGUAAUAAAAGUAUUUUAUGAGUAAUGUGGUUUGCAGGAAUUUGUCGAAUUUUGACAUUUUUUAUAUAUAGCAUGCAAUCACAGAGACUGAAGUUUAAGGUCAGUAAUCAACUAAUUAAUGAUUUCUAGUGAUUUAUUCAUUCAUAGUUUAGCUGUUUUAGAUCUUAUCAUUUAAAUGUAUUUUAGCACCGUCAUGUGUGCGGGUGAAAUAACAAGUAAUCCCCUAGUAACGACGUUGAGAUAUGAAAAGGGCGUCCCCAACAUACUGAAGGUUGAACAAGUGUACAGGGAUGGGAUCUCCUAUAGAAGGUGAUAGAUUUUAAAAAAAUGAUAUGGCUACAUAUUCCUAAGUCAGCCGAUGAGACAAGUAGUAUUUUCUGAGAGUUUGUCUUUAUGACGGGAUUUAAUUCAAAUAAAUCAUCUGGUGGAAAGGAUAGGAUGUCAAUUUCAUAUCUUUUUCUGAGGAGUGUUUUAUCAAGUUAGAUCUCAUGUUAGUUAGAUAGUGUUAGUGUUUAUCACCAGGUACAGAUCCUACUGCGAAUGAUCAGUAAGAUAAUUUGACAAUGAUUAGUAUCAUAAGAUAAGUAAAUCUUCUGUGAGCGAUCAGUAUAAUAAUGUCACAAUGUUUAUCAUCAAAUAAGUAAUUAUACUGUGAUAAUGUUACAAAGUUUAUCAUCAGGUACACGUAAUCAUUUCUCCUGUGAGCGAUCAGUAAAAUAAUGUUACAAUGUUUAUUAUCUUAAGAUAAGUAUUAAUCAUGUGAGUGAUCAGUUAUUAGAUAAUGUUACAAUGGUAAGUAUCUUGGGGUAAGUACAUGUAGUUCUCCCAUUACGAUGUUAUUUUUUAAUAAGUAAUUAUCAAGUUAAUGGCUAUAACUAUAAUGCAAUGUUUAUCAUAGGAAAGUUAAUAUUUCUCCAAGACGAUAAAAUGUAAAUCUCACUAAAUCAUUUACAUUCAAAAUAAAAAAGUAUUUUUCCCAUUACCGUGUUAACAUCUGGUUAGUAAUUAUCAACUCAAUGGCAAGUCAUAUUCCGUCUUAGCGUAUUGCAGAGUUAUCUUCUCUUGAGAGCAGGUAUUGAUUGUUACGUCAUUUGUUUGUGUGAGAAAAUU